CGCAAUCGCAUAGCAACUGCAAGAUGCAAAGCGUGCGCGCUACCACUGUGCCAAGUGCCCGGGAUUCAGGUACCGUAGCCUCAGAUGGGCCGUUUUUCUCGUCACCAAGAUACUCUACUCUGUCCCACGCGUACAGUCGGAGGAGAGUUAUCUUGCUAGUCGACAAGACGAUGUGUGUCAAACUGACAUUUCGUAUCACGAAAGCACCGUGACGGGUCACUUGAGCACGAGAAUGCCAUAAGAUCUUUAAGAGGGUCGGGCAGUGUCAGUGAUCAUCGAUCGUCUGGCUGUGUCGUGGACAGGGUGGGUACGAACUCAAUC